AGUGCUUCAGGGUGUCGAUGCGGAAGUGGCGCAGUGCUUGUUUUCUUCCAGCUGCGUCUCCGGUUUAUUUUAUCGGUAUUUGUGAGCUGAGCGGUCCAGUUAUUUCCACUCCUUGAUUGCUAGAGCUGUCGUUGCAUUUUCAAUGGGGGCUCACGGGCUUCUGGGGAACCAGCCGGACUCCAUAGACUACUCGGUGCAUGAAGCCUGGAAUGAGGCUACAAAUGUCUACCUGCUGGUCAUCCUGGUCAGCUUCGGCCUGCUCAUCUACGCAAGAAAAAACAAGAGGAAGAUCAUGCGGAUCUUCACGCUGCCUCCCACCGUCGGCAGCAUCCCAGAGCCUAACUUCUACGACAGCCUGCAGAAGGUGCGGCUGCGGCAGCAGCUUGAGAUGUACUCUCUGGCCAGGAAGUUUGAACAACAGCAGCAGCAGCAGCAGCAGCAGCAGACGGACAGUGUGCAGCUCUCCAUGGAAUGAGAAACAGUGUUUUCAGCCCCUUCCCAUGAGUUCUGGACACAGAUGGAGGUGGACUUGGACUCCUGUCAGAAUCAGAGAUGGUACACGCUGUCAGGAGCUGAAUGGACGAUUAGACAUUAGCAGACGCUUUGAAGGUGUGUGGCAUUUCUCCAGCCUGCAGCAGGGAGAGCACGAAUAAAUGAAGGAGAGCACGAAGAAUUAAAAGGACGUGAAAAUUUUGUUUAUCAUUAAUGUUCGCACACAUUUAAACCAGUGUUUAAAGAAAAAAAAAAAGUGGAAAUGUGUUGUUUAUUCAUGCAUAAAGCCCAGAUCACGAUAUAUAAAAA